AUGGAGGAGCAGUCGAGGUUGAUGCACUCUCACACGGGUGUGAGCAUGGCAGGGCACCCCGGCUUGCCGCAGCUAAUGCAGGAAGGCACCGGUGGAACGGACCUUGAUGGAAGGAAGCAGGACAUUGGAGACAUUUUACAGCAAAUAAUGACCAUCACGGAUCAGAGUCUGGACGAAGCCCAAGCCAGGAAACAUGCUCUGAACUGUCACAGAAUGAAGCCAGCUCUUUUCAAUGUCUUGUGUGAAAUCAAAGAAAAAACAGAGGCUCAGUAUCUGCUCUCCAAGAGUGUUAUUGUGAUAUCAUAUUUUCAGUUUAUUUCCCAA